GUAUACUGAGACGCAGUUUGGGGAACCACACACUUCCUUAAGCUUGACAGCUCGGCUUUGUGCUAAAAGUCGGCGAACUUUACUCCGUUUGCAGCGCUUUUAUUGUGUCACCUUUGAAACUUGAGCUGAGAUAACAUUUAACUGGAAAGCCCGUGAGAGGCAUAACUCAAGUGUCGUACAGUUAUCCAUCGGACGCGUAAGGGAUUUACUCCUCACGUACAGCAGGAAAAUGGUUUCCAUCGGUAAAAUUGUGCUUGGAGUCUUGAGUGUGGCGGUAGUAGUCAUCUUAAUUGUGGUGCCCACUGUUAUAUUUUUAAACGACGGAGAAGAAGGUGAAGGACAGAAGUUCUUCUCUUUGGAGGAUGUCUUCAACAGUUCCCUGAAACCCAAGUCCUACAACAUGAGGUGGAUCUCAGAUACCGAAUACCUCCACAAAUCCGAUGGCUCUGUAUAUCUGCACAACCCCAGCACUUCUCAAAACACACUGUUCCUGGGCAAAGAGAUGUUUGAACAAAUGAAUGCAUAUGAUUACCAGUUGUCUGCAGAUCGGAAAUAUGUGGCAUUUAUGAGUAACUAUAGCAAGUUGUGGAGACACUCUUUCACCGCAACAUAUUCUUUGUACAAUCUUGAAAAAAGGCAGCUCUUGUCCAGUAUUCACCAAGUCCAGUUCUUUGCCUGGUCGCCCGAAGGACACAAACUGGCCUAUGUGUUGAGCAAUGAUGUGUUUAUAAAGACAAGCCCUGAGUUGGCUUCAGAGAGAGUCACAUAUAAUGGAAAAGAGAAUGAAAUUUUCAAUGGUAUUCCAGACUGGGUGUAUGAAGAGGAGAUGUUCUCAUCCAAUCAGGGCUUAUGGUGGUCUCCUGGAGGGAAGUUUGUGGCGUAUGCCCAUUUCAAUGACUCCAUCGUCCCUCACAUUGAGUACACCUGGUUUGGAGAUAAACAGUAUCCAAGCACUGUCUCCAUUCCUUAUCCUAAAGCAGGUGCCACCAACCCCACUGUGAAGCUGUUUGUUGUUGAGGCUAAUAAUGUGACCCAAAUCACUGAGGUGGUCAUCCCGGGUGUGUAUGCUUCCAGUGACCAUUACCUAGCCACGGUCACUUGGGCCACAGAUGAACGAAUAGCUGUUCAAUGGCAAAAAAGAACCCAAUGCCACGUCAUGCUGCAGAUAUACAACUAUACUGGAGGCAACUGGGAGCCUUUCGAGCACAUGGAGAUUAUCAGUUCCACAGGCUGGGUCGGACGGUUCUCCCCCUCAGAGCCCGUGUUUGCUCCAGACAAGAUAACCUACUACCUGAUCAUGAGCGACAAGCAGAAAUACAAGCACAUCCACCGUGUUAAAGGGGGUGUUCCUGAACCAAUCACUUCUGGAGAAUGGGAGGUCAUCAGUAUUGUCUUAGUGAAUGAAGACAGUGUAUACUUUGUCAGUAAUCAGCACGAGAACAAGCCUGGAGGAAGGAAUGUCUAUAGAUAUACUUGGAGCGGAAAUACCAAUGUAAUAUCGUGUCUUACCUGUCAGUCAGAUUGUCUCUAUAACUCUGUGUACAUGAGCUCAAACGCCUCCUUUUACAGGCUGAGCUGCAAUGGACCUGGGAUCCCACAGCAUUUUCUAAUGACUAAGGAAGGAGUUCAGACUCUGGAGAAUAACACAGCAUUUGCCAAAGAAAUUGCCACUAUUCAGAUGCCCACAGAGCGUAGAGGAACUAUUAAAAUCGAUGGAUUUGAUCUAUGGUACAAGAUGUUGUUACCUCCAGGCUUCGAUGAGAAGAAGACGUAUCCCCUUCUCAUUGAUGUAUACGCAGGCCCAUGCAGUCAGAAAGUGGACUACAUCUACAGACUGAACUGGGCCACCUACUUGGCCAGCACCGAAAAAAUCAUUGUGGCCAGUUUCGAUGGGAGAGGAAGUGGUUACCAAGGCGACGAGAUAAUGCAUAAACUCUAUCAACGUCUAGGAACCUAUGAGGUGGAAGAUCAGAUAACAGCGGCCAAGGAAUUCAUCAAAAUGGGCUUCAUUGACAAGGAGAGGGUGGCUAUUUGGGGUUGGUCCUAUGGGGGCUAUGUCACUUCGAUGGUGCUGGGGGCAGGAAGUGGGGUAUUCAAAUGUGGAAUGGCUGUGGCUCCAGUCUCCAAAUGGGAAUACUAUGAUUCUAUCUACACUGAGCGCUACAUGAAACCUCCUCACUUGAAUCAAGAUGCAUAUGAUAACUCAACCGUCAUAGCCAGAGCGAAAAACUUCCACUCAGUUCAGUAUUUGCUGGUUCAUGGGACAGCUGACGACAAUGUGCACUUCCAGCAGGCUGCAGAGAUCUCUGAAGCUUUAGUGGAGGAGCAGGUGGACUUUGAAUCCAUGUGGUACACAGAUAAAGACCACAGCCUACAAGGGGCAGCCAACCAGCACGUGUACACGCAUAUGAGCCAUUUCCUACUCAGGUGUUUCGCAUAGUAGUUUCUUUUAUAAAUUUAUUUUCUCUGGAAAUUUCCAUAAAGUUCCAACUUGGUAUUAUAUUACUUUUGCAUUUGUUAUCUAAAAUCAUAUAUGAGUUUGUGAUUUAACUUGUAAAUUCUAUCUGUCGACACUGUACUGUACUUGUUUACUAUUGUGUAAAUUAUGACUAAAAUACGUAAGUUAUUCUAUUACAUAAAUUCAUU